UUGAAAGUCACGCAGUUGGAAUCGGAAAUCAAAGAGUUAAAAACUAGAGUUGAAUGUAUUGAUAAUGCUAACCUGAAGUCUUCAGUAUCAAUACAAACAGAUUUGCCAAUCUCAAGGUCAAUUUUCUGCACAAAAAUGGUUCAAACAGAUGAAAUCCCAGUUUCGCUUGAAAAUCAAACAGUUGUAUGUUGUGAUCAUGAAGAUUUUCAUUCUAACCAUGCACAAGAAUAUAUUCGUCGAACGUGUGUAAUAUCCACACCUAAACAAGAAGAGUCACCCAACUCAACAUUUCUAUCAUCAUCAGAGAGUGAUGCACCUUGUGGAGCUGUCUCAGCUGAGCUUAAUAAAUUAUCUAAUCGUCUGAGAGAAGAGAGUAUUCGACUUGCAACAGCGACCGCGAUCGCAAGUGCUCGUCAGUCUGUCUGUGAUAGACCAGAGAGUUUCGCUUUUAUUAAACCAAGUGGUAAUGAAGAAACCACCGUAAAAGUAGAAGACGAUGAAUGUGGCCCUUCGAUUAUUGAAAUGCGUAAUUCCUAUGGUGAUUUGAAGGCAGCGGUAAAUGAAGUGACCAAAAUUAUACACAAUAAUCCAUGGAUUAGUAAGGAGCAAUCUAACGAUGAAGAUAACGACGAGAUAAUGAAACGUUUCAUGAGCCGACUAUUAGUUUCAUUAACUAAAGCUUUGGAUACGGAUGAGAAACUAUGGGUUUCAGCAAUCACCUCCUCGGUUGCCAAAACAUGUGAUAAACUUCGCAGUAGGACAACAUUAUCAGUUCCCAAUUUAGGAGUGGAGUUCCCGUCAGGGAGUGUUUUAUGCCAAAUUAUACAACAAUUGACGGAACGAAUAUCAUCUUUUAUGCGUCGUGAAGAUGAGUUUCGCAAAUGUCUUAUUGAAGUUCUUCAUGUAGAAGAAGCUUCAUUCAAAUCUGAACUGAAGACUCAUGUUAAUCGUUCAGACGCUUUGAUGGAGGAAAUUAAUCGUUUGACUAAAGUUGUAAGCUCAUUGUCGGAAGAAUUGAAUCAUGCAAAUAAUCGAACUAAUGAAAUGCAAAGUCAACUAUGUGAUACAAAAGUUGAUCUAGUUCAUACGAAGCAUAAAUUACAAUUAAAGGAAGAUGAAGUCGAACGUCAACGAACUGAUGUUGAACAGUUAAGAUUACAGCUGUGUGAGGAAAAUGCACAAACAGAGAAAUUUCGUUCGGAACUUGAAAUGUUGCAGUCAGAUAAAGUUCAAGUUGAACAUGAAUUGUCAUCGACAAAUAAUUUAAUUCAAGAAUUAAAAAUAUCAUUGACAAAUGAAAAGAAUCGAGCUCAAUCGUUGAAAAUUCAAUUGGAUCAAUUGCAUGACCGAAUUAAAAAGAACACUUAUCACACUACACUAACGCCAAGUAAUAUUGAUAAGAAUAAUAUUGACUUUAGUAGCGAAAAUCUAACUGGGACUAAUGAAAAUAGAGCACCUAAUGGUUGUUCAUCAGAUCUCGAUCUACGUGCCCAUGAAGCUCUAAAUCUUACUACUACUCGCUUAGCAUCUAGUCGACAUGAUGCAAUAAAGUUAAUAGAUCAAGUCAAGGAACUACAGGCUACUGCUCAUGGUCUACGUUCAGAUCUUGCUGAAGCGAAGCUUCGCCUUAUACCCUCUUUGACAUCUGUAUUGCCCGAUACUUUCAAUCGUUCUAAUAUGGAUAAAGCAUCACAAUCCUUAAUGAUUAAACAGUCUAUUUUAAAGAAAGAACUGCCAGUUUAUGAAAAUCAACCGGAAUUGAUAAGAGCCAAGUUUUCUGAGCUAAAAAGUGCUUGUGCAGAUUUACUACAACGUGUUUCAAUGGAUGAACGUGAUGAUGAUGACGAUGAUCUACAAGAGAGAGAUGUAGUUAAUCGGAAAUCUUAUUUUCAUUCGUCAGAUGAUGAUACUAUCGAAGGGAAUAAUCGCAUUGAAUCUGGAAUAAUGCAUUCGUUCAGAUGUCUGGUUGAUGGUCAUUGUAUUGAUGCUAAACUCGAUGAAUGCUCAUUUAACAAAAGUACCAAUAUUAGUGAAAUGCUGAAUUUAGCAUCAUGCUAAUCAAUCACAGUAUCACCCUAGUUGUGAUAAUCGGUAAAGUUCAAACAGCAAAAUGUACCUGUGUGUCUUUUUUACAUCUACAUUCGGAUUCAGUUUUCACAUGACUAUUGGAUGUUGACUGUUUAUUUCAAAACGCAAGUGUACACAAUGCUGGCAAUUAUGUGUAACUAGAUUUUAAAUAAAAAUAAUUAAUUCAGG